AUGAGCGCGGCGGGGGGGGCAGCUGGGGCGCGGCCCCUCAGCUCGGCGACCCCGGGUUCCCGGGGCACUUCGCGCCCGCGCCAGCGCCCGCCCGCGAGCCACCAGUACCUGGGGUCGCACAACCCGCAGCUCGGGCACAGCGAGGCUCAGAAGCGGGUCCUGGACCUGGAGAAGAGCCUGCAGUUCCUGCAGCAGCAGCACUCGGAGACGCUGGUCAAGCUCCACGAGGAGAUCGAGCACCUGAAGCGGGAGAACAAGGAUCUCCACUACAAGCUAAUAAUGAAUCAGAAGCCACAGAAGAAAGGCAGCCUCUCCACUUCAAGCUUUCAGUCCAUCAAGUCCAUUUCGAACUCGACGGUGUCAGCCAGCUCUCAAAACAAGGCCAGACCUCAGCCCAGCUCCUUCAAGAAGCAAGACUUGAAAGCUGACGUCCCCCAGAAAACAGACCUGGAGGAAGAGCCCCUUAGUGCUGCCCUGUUUCACCACAGCAAGCUGGACAGAGUCCCUGGGGCACAGAGGCAGGCCAAAGACGAGGAAACAGAGACCUCUAAUCCAGGAGCUGCCUCGGUGGGGGGCAGCCAGGUGCCAGGAGCACCUCCAUCAGCAAGCUUGCCCCUGCACCUGCGCAAGCCCACCACGCUGCAGCAGUGCGAGGUGGUCAUCCGCCAGCUGUGGAACGCCAACCUCCUGCAGGCCCAAGAGCUGCAGCACCUCAAGUCCCUCCUGGAAGGGAACCAAAGGCCCAAGCCUGCCCCCGAGGAGACUGGGCCCAGCUUUCCCAAGGACCAGGAGGCCAUGCAGUUACCCAAGGUUGCCAACAAGGGACUCUCUAAGAAAUGCCUGAUUCUGAGCCCAGUGCCUAUGGCGGAGCGCUCCAUCCUGCCUGCGCUGAAGCGGAGCCUGAAGAGCAACUUUGCUGAGCGGCAGAAAAGGCUGCAGGUGGUACAGAGCCGGCGCCUGCACCGCUCGGUGCUCUGAACCCUGCUGGACCGCCAUGUGGCUCGGCAGUGGCAACCAGCUCUCUCUAUAGCAUUACAAGAGUUCUAAUACUUUUAAGCCAAGCUAAAUUCUGAGAUAAACAAUAUUGGACAGAUAAAGUACUUGAUCUCAAAAUUGAGAAACUGUUUAUUUUCUUGCUAUUAUUUCUAUUCUGCAUUUACACAGAAGCACAUGAAAUAAGUAUUAACUCUACUUGUUGAAGACUGAAAAUAAAGCUUGUUUCUCCAA